AUGAAUGAUAGAGAGAAACUUGCUUAUUAUCCACAUCUACUUGUAUUCCUAAAUUUUGAUAUCUCUAUAGGGAUAAUCAGAUAAAAUAAUGAAUUAAAACGUAGAUAGUAAGAGGGGAUUGGAGGAAUAUUUAGCAAUAAUGUUGGAGAGAGCUGCUGUUGAGGAAAAUUAUGCCAAAGCUCUAAGCAAAUUAGAAUAAUAAAUUGAGAAGUCAAAGUAAAGAAAUUCUAAAUUUACUUAGUUUGAUUUUAAUGAAAGAGUAGCUAAUGAAUUAAUUGAAGAAUAAAAUUACUUGGAUUGACAAUUUUGUUGAGUUAAUUAGAACAGAAGUUGUUAGCUAGGUUAGGGAGACACUGAAUUAGCAGAAUUAGAUUUCCAUUAAAAUAAUAGAUGAUAUAAAAUAAUUGGAAGAGUUCUUAAAGGAAAAAAGUGGGUAAGUAAUGGCCGCAAGAAUGGAUUACAAAUUAAAAAUGAAAGACUAUGAGUAAUCUGCAAUUUUAGAUAUGGUUUACCAAUAUAGUAUUGAUGUACCAGAAGAUCAGACUAUCAAAUAAAUUUGCAAGUAUUUUUUAUUAUAAUUUAGAACUUAAUAUGUAUAAAUUGAAUGCUCUAAAUUAAAGAAAUAAUAUUAAUUAUAAACUAUUGCAUACAAUGAAUUUUUGGAUGUCUUUAAAGCAAAAAUGGAGAGUUAUAUGUUUUAGAUGGAAGAAUUUGAGUAAACAAAGUUAUUAGUACAUAAAGAUACUUUAUUAAAAGUAUUCUUAAUGGAGCUUUCAAUGCAAAAAUAACAAUUUUAAGAAAUUGAGAAAUUUAAUGAAUAGAUUAAGAACACAAAUGUUCAGGAUGUCAUUGAAAGUUUUAUCAUGAAAUAUUAUCGACCAGAUUAUCACCCAAAUUAGAUAGUAUUUAAGGAUUAUUCUUCCUUUUUGAUGAGUGAAAUCGAAUCCAUAAAAUCUCAAGAGUAUCACAAACUAAAAGAUCUAAUUAAAGCUUAUUCUGAGACAUUUUACACCAUUUUUUCAGAUGUAGUUGAGAAGAAUGUAUUGAUUUUUCUUAAUACUAGAAUCAAUAAAGCAUUGAAAAGCAAGACCUUGACUCUCUACUAAAUGGAGAGAGUAUUUAAGGACUUUUUAAGUGUUUCCUAAUCCAUGUUAAUUCUAUUUGGAAUGAUGGAUAAUUUUAAAAUGAUCAAACCAUAACUGAAUUAUUGAAAUCAAAUACUUAGAAUAAAUUGCUUUGGUUAAUUGCAUUAGAGAUAUAGGCUGAUAAGAAUAAUUACAGGGUUCCUAAUGCUAAUGCUUAUGAAUCCAUUCUUAAAUGGAGUUAGAAAUUAAUAGAUUUUGUAAUUAUUACUUAGUUAUGUUAAGUGCUCUGAAGUGUCGGAUGCUACACCUCUCAGAAGGUUGAUCAUAUUAAGUUCAUUACUACACAUUUCUGUUUAAAAUAAGAAGCACUAUUUAAUGCAUAGUCUCAAAAAUACUCAAGUCUUCAGCUAAUCAGACUUUGUAGAGGCCAAUAUAAUAGAAGCAAUAUAUGAUGGCUUGAUUGAGGAUGUGUAGGAAGAACCAAAUUAAAUUGAGAGAAUUAAGAGGUUUAUUCUAUAUCUUAAUUCUAUAGACAAAAGAUCAAUUUUUUCACCUAAAUAUCGAAAAUUUGUUUCACUUUAUUGAUUUUUAAUCAGAAUAAAACCAUCAGGAAUUACUCAGACAAAUACUUAAAGCUUUUGAGAGUGGCUGCCAAUGCUAUUCAAGAUUUAACAUUUUAGAUUGAGAGUUAUAAGUAAUUGUGA